AUGGGUAAUCUGGCCCGAGCGGCGGCCUUGCUGCUAGCAUUGGCCAGUGCGGCCACGGCUUUGCGAUGCAACAUCGGAUCAGUGACCGUUGAUGCCGAAGGCACCAUCACUCAAAACUACGUCACAAUGGAAAACUGCAAAGGUGUCUGCACACGCCGAUCACCGAAGCUGCCCGACGGAACUCAGAUGCACCAACUCGGCUGUGAAGAACAGCAACGAGUCCGGAACGUCGAUGACAUCUGCUCUGAGGACCUCUGCAACCGAAUCCCGGGUCUUUCCGAUGGACAGCUCGACGUCGUUGACAAGCAUCGCGCGGAAGUCCUGCCCGUUGCCAACCGAACGUGCUACGUCGGUGUCCAAAUCGGCUCGCUGACCGUCGCCGGCGCCGCCCAGCACUGCCUUGGAGAAUGUGCUAGUGCCACCACGAUGAUUGGAGCCCUUAACGGAACCAUUUUCUUCUGCGCGACGUUUGGUGUAUGCGACGCUUUCGUCAGCCCACCAUCAACUGGGCCCCGCAGCUGCUCACCAGUGGCUGGACACCCUGACUACAACAUCACUGCCUGCUGUUGCUAUGAUAGCUCGAACUGCAAUCUCGAUGGCUUCAAUAUCCCUACACCCUCGCCAUUGCCUCCAGUGACCCGCAUUCCACAAGCCUGCUACUCCGGUAUCCACAUCGCCGGCCAGCUUUUGGCUGGUGGUGACUAUGUUGCGUGCCAGGGAGACUGCUCUUCGGUCACUUUCAAAUACCAAGGGACCUACGACUUCACCAUGUACUCCUGCGAUCCGGCAAACAUCUGCAAUGGACUCGGCCUAACCAACGACUGUAUGGACAUUGCGAAUGGAACCUUCGGUGGAUGCUGCUGCAACUACGACGCCUGUAUCGAUCCGUCCGCUAAUCCUCCUCGCUACCCGAACGGCACCAGGACGCAUAUCCGUGACUGCUAUGUUGGCCUUCACCUCAAGAACUUCACCGGAGACGGAGCCCCCUUGAUGUUGGCGCCGGAGAGAUUUGCGAAGGAAUUCGAGGCAUUCUAUUGCGCUUCCGAUGCUUUGUGCUACAUGAUGGAUACUGUCGGAAGCUGCUCAAAUCUGACGGCCGCAAAUAUGGGCAUCGAGGCUUGCUGCUGCUACGAUGGGCCCUACUGUAACGUAAAUGGAACCGAUGUGACGGUCCAGCCCCCAUCUCGUCCGCCAAGACCCACUGAAAUCAUUGCUUGCUUGGAGGGACUCCAUAUUAACAGUAUCUCGAUCUCUGAACGUUAUUCUGGCUGUGCUGGCGAGUGCGCUAGUGUGACUGUCGCUUCAUCCGUGGCCGGCGCUCCUUACAACGCUACCCUGUACACCUGCGACCCCGCAACAGUCUGCCGUGGUCUCGGGCUCAUCAACAGAUGUGGACAAAUCCCGAACUCCCCGAUCACCGGAUGCUGCUGCGAUACCGAUAUGUGCAUCAACCCAUACGCUCGCAAGUUCCCGAACGGAACAAACACCCUUCACUGCGGAAUUGGAUUGGCUGUCGGAACUAACUACACUGAUGUCUACGAGAUGGACUGUGAUGGUUCAUGCGCAUCCGUCGAGACCCAAAUCGGCGGCGUCUUCAUGGCUGGCUUUUUCUGCGCCCCCAAGACUACCUGCGAGGCUGUCGGAAUCGUCAAUGAUUGCUUCACCAUCCUCGGCGAACAGGGCGCCCCACACGUAACUGCUUGCUGCUGCGACUACUUCAACAACUGCAACACCGAAAGAGGACGCAUCCAUCCGGAACCUUACACACCACCAAGCACUAGGCCGCCAAUCGCAUGCUAUGCUGGUCUCGGCAUCAACGACAACUUGUUCAACACUUCGGAUAAAUAUAUGGCUUGCCGUGGUGACUGCGGAGCCAUCACUUUCCGUACCACAGUUGCCGGCGGAGACUACAAUGUGACCAUGUUCACUUGCGAUCCGGUGAGUGUUUGCCCGAAGAUGGGCGUGCGAAACAGUUGCCGCUCUGGACCCAACGGAACCAUCACCGGAUGUUGUUGCGAUUGGAACGAUUGUAUCGACUUGGCCAACCGCAAGGUGAAGCCUUACCCGCUCCCCAAGAGCGUCAACUGCUUCGUCGGUCUCGGAUUUGAAAGCACGAACGGUACGACCACCUACGGUAGCUCGAUGGCCUGCGAUGGCCAAUGUGGUACCGUUGUCACGGAUGUCAACGGUGUGCAUAGCUUCGGCUACUUCUGCUCGCCCCAAUCGUUGUGUUCUAGCUUCGAUGUCUACAACGAGUGCAGGACCUUCUUCCUUGAUCAAGCUGGUGACUGGAUGAAUGUGUGCUGCUGUGAAAACCAAGAUAACUGCAACAUCCUCAAGCAGCAGCCCAAUGUAACCGUCACGACUCCAAGCACACCGUCAAGGCGAAGGACCCCCUUGGCUUGUUAUUCCGGUCUAGCCUUCAUGUACAACGGAUCCUACAGCCCACUUACCGAUGAGGACAAGUAUAUGUCUUGCUUCGGUGACUGCGCUCAGGUCAGCUACGCUUCGUCGCUUGGCGGCGUCUCAUUCACAGCUACGAUGUACACCUGCGACCCCGUUUCCCUUUGCACAAGCUUGGGAAUGUCAAACCAGUGCACGAACAUCACGCAGAGCUCUUCUGGAAGCUCCUCAAUUGCCGGUUGCUGUUGCGAUUGGAACGACUGCAUCAACAAGCGCAACUUGACAAUCAACCCUGCGCCACACAAGGAUAACCUUCAGUGCUUCGUUGGUCUUCAGAUGCAGUCGAAUCCGCAGGAUCCUACAACCAAGACUCUGCUUGGAGCGACCUUGCCCUGUAAUGGUGAAUGCUCAGUCGUCUCGACCCACUUCAACGGCUUCGAUACCCAGGCCUUCCUCUGCGCCCCUCAGGCUCUUUGCGACGCAUUUGAUCCGGAGCGCAUGUGUGGAAAUCCGAUCAACUUCGAUACGAGCGACUACCUCGAGACAUGCUGCUGCUCAAGAUGGGAUAACUGCAACCUUCACUUCCACAAUAUCCCGGAGCCGCCCGUUGUACCGUCCGUACAACCCAGCUGGGUGCAGCCCAUCACUUGCUAUGCUGGUGUGGCCCUCAACGGAAACGUCCUGUCUCCUGACAACCGAUACAUGUCCUGCCAAGGUGACUGCGCGCAGAUCACUUACACUUCGGUGCUCGCUGGAUCUCCAUUCAACGCCACGAUCUUCUCUUGCGACCCGGUGACGCUUUGCAUGACCUUCCGCGCCCACAACGGGUGCCAACAAAUCAGCAACAGUGGAAGCAACUCGUCCUCCAUUCAAUUCUGCUGCUGUGACUUCAAUGAUUGCAUUGACAAGCAGACCUUCCAGCCGAAGCCAGUGCCCCAGACCGUCAAGGAUAACCUGCAGUGCUACGUCGGACUGAUGAUGCAGAGCAACCCGCAAAAUGCUAGCACUCGCGUGCUUUUGGGAGCCGAGAUGCCGUGCAACGGAGAAUGCGCCUCGAUUAACACCCACUUCAACGGCCAGGACAUGUGGGCCUUCAUGUGCACACCGCCAGCUCUUUGCAACUUGUUCGAUCCGGAACGCCAUUGUGGACUGAUGAACAUGGACUACGACGGCGACUACUUGGAGACGUGCUGCUGCGGCUGGGGAGAUGCCUGCAACCUCCAUCGCCACAACAUCCCUGUCCCUUCACCUCUGCCGACAGUCAGCGUCACAACGCCUCCAUUGGCUUGCUACGCCGGAUUCGCCUUUAACGGCUCGAUUCUGUCUCCAGCUGACCGCUUCAUGUCCUGCCAGGGUGACUGUGCUCAACUGACCUAUUCCUCCAAGUUCUUCGGUGCCGCCAUUAGUGCGACCAUCUUCUCUUGUGAUCCAGUUGCCAUCUGCUCGGCUUUCAAACUUCAGAACAGCUGCACUGAGCUGCAAAAUGGAAACGUUACGAACACGACAAUCUCCGCCUGCUGCUGCAACUUCAACGAUUGCCUAGAUCACACCACCUUCCAGCCAAAGCCGCAGCCGGAUACCCACAAUCACAAGGACAACUUGCAAUGCUUCGUUGGAAUGCAGACCCAGAGCAACCCACAGAAUGCUUCCACCCGCUCUAUCGUUGGUGCUUCGAUGCCUUGCAAUGGUGACUGCGUCUCCGUGGAGACCCAUUUCGGCAGCUAUGACUUGUGGGCAUUCAUUUGCGGCCCAGAAAUCCUGUGCGACAUCUUUGACCCUCAGCGCCAUUGUGGCAACCCGCUGAACAUGGACAGCGCCGGAGACUACUUGGAGAUUUGCUGCUGUGGUGACGACGACAACUGCAACGUGAAGCGCCACCGCUUCCCAGCACCCAACCCGAUCCCCACCAUCGAUACCGCCAACACCCCGCCACUUGCCUGCUAUGCUGGUAUUGCUCUCAACUCCACCGUGUUGAGCGAUGAUAACCGAUUCAUGGCUUGCCAAGGAGACUGCGCUCGGCUGACUUACUCCUCGUCGCUCAACGGAGCCGCUUUCAGCGCCACGAUCUUUACCUGCGACCCAGUGGCGAUUUGCAAGACCUUCGGGCUUAAGAAUAACUGCAACGUCAUCCAGAGCGGUUCGACGAACACGACCCAGAUGAGCGGUUGCUGUUGCGAUUGGAACGACUGUAUCGAUCACCAGACGUUCAACGUGAAAACGGUGCAAACAACGGCACAGCAGCGACCUGGCCCUCAAGCCCCUCAAGCUCCUCCUCACUACGGACAAGCUCCGCCACCACAACAAGCACGAUACCCCGGAGCAGCUCCCCCUCCACCGCCUUCACCAACCUACCUCCAACGAGACCCAUCCUAUCCUCCUCCACAAGCUCAACACCGUGCCUAUCCUCCUCCCCGCUAUGCCGCAGCAGCUCCGGCCUAUCCUGCGCCUCUAGCCACUCCACCCCACCCUGCGUACGCUCCUCCCGCUUACAACCGCCCUGCCUACGAGGCUCCACCACCGCCAGCCUACGACCCCUGCGCUCAGCAGCCCCCAUGCGGCUACGCACCAGUCCCAGAGCCGGCACCGCUUUGCGCUCCACCAGCAGCUUGCGCACCUCCCGCCUACGAGCCAGUUCCGGCCUACGGAUGCCCAUGCGGCCAAGCACCUCCCCCACCAGCUCCCCUCUAUGCUCCAGCUGCCCCAGCUCCGGCUCCAGUCUAUGCUCCGGCCCCUCCUGCUCCGCUCUACGCUCCUGCUCCAGCCCCUGCUCCUCUCUAUGCUCCAGCUCCAGCCCCAGCUCCGUUGUACGCUCCACCGCCACCAGUCCCUGCCCCGGCUUACGCCCCGGUUCCGGUUCGCGAGCCUGUUGCGUAUCCAGCUUACGCCGCUCCCGCCCCAGUUUUCGCCGCUCCUGCCCCGGUCGCUGUUGCCGGCCCACCCGUCUACCUCGCUCCUCAAAUCUCGCCACUUGCCCGCCUUGUCCCCGCCUACGCCCCUGGAGCAACCGUGUUCAUCGGCAAGAAGCGCUCAAAGCCGGUGAAGGUCGAAAAGAAGCUCGACAAC